CAUUCCCUGUUAUCCCGGAUGUCACAGGUUAUUAUAAAGAGGCUCUCACAUCUACAAGGUGAAGAACAUGCUAAAACUCUGUCAAUGGGGCCUCCAUGUCUUUGUGUUGUCACAGCAGGUCUUCCGUCUUGACCACUUUCGCUAAGUGGAUUCUAUAAAUACUGACCUUAAUCCUUCCUUGUCUAAUCUCUUAUGUCUGUUCUGGAACUUGGCAUUCAGAGUUUUACGCAGACAUGUACCAAGGCGCAUGAUAACCGACUGCUGGAAGAGGGGAGCCAGAGAUGGAUACCAAGUAUGAGAGGAAGUCACAGAGACAGAUGGUGUCCCAUUCUAUUUCACCUAAACUCGAAGUACGUGGGACCGGGAAUGUGAAAGUGCCAGUCUGUAACAACUACGGGGCUAAUCUGGGUAAAAACUCCAGCGUAGCAUCAUUACCUUCCGCAAUAACCAAAGACUGGAAAUAUCCAAGUCUCACAUCUGUAAACUCUAGCCCAUUAAAGACUUCCGUUAGGAAUGAACUGGUGUCAAACGAGAAGGUCAGCAGAAAGUUUGAGCCUUUGAAACCGUCUUCCUUAGUGGAAACCCAGAACCCGGACAUAUAUCUCCAGAGACGGCCAAUUAAGCUGGCUCCGCUCAACCUCCCAGAAGAAGUCAAGGAGGCGCAACUCAAAAAAAUGAAAGAUGAGGUCUACCUGGCUAAAAAAAGUUCUAAGAAAACUGACAAGACGAUAAAGGCCAUAAAUGAUCGGCCCAUGAAGAGAGAUCCUCUAAACAAAGUUGGCAUGGCCGAGAAGACUCUAGAGGAAGAAAAUAAUUUAUCGGAAGAAGGCAAAGGCCCACAAGAUCACAAACCGAACACUGUUAUGUUAUCUGGAAAUACUGGCGAAAGAAUGUCAAGUUCUUCAACAAUUAAAUUCAAAAGUGGACAUGUCCAUAAUUCAGUCCCGAAAAUAGUCACUGUGGAUGCUGCUGAUAUUUCUGUCAAAGGGCGUUUUAACCACCCAAAAAGUUGCAGUACAAUUCACAACGUACUGAAACCAGUAAGUCAAUAGACUCAUAGGUAGAUUCAGGUACUUUGGAUUAUCUUUAGGGCGGCGUAGCCUAGCCUGUUUAGGCUACACC